CACGCACCCACACUUCUCCAAGCCGCGACAACUCAAGGUGAAUGCCGUCAUGCCAUUUGGGUGCCUUGCCCUGCGAGAUGGGCGGAAUUACAACAGCAUGUCUGAUGUCACGGACAAAUAUGAGAUUGGACAGGUCCUCCGAGCGAAGGAGUUCUGCGAGCUGUGCCUGGCAAAGGACCGACAGACAGACAAGGUGUUUGUCUGCAAGAAAUACCUCAAGAAAGACGGCAGGAAAGUCCGCAAGGCUGCCAAGAACGAAAUCAUGAUCCUGAAAUUGCUCAACCAUCCAAACAUCCUGAAGCUGAUAGACACAUUUGAGACCCGGAAAGAAUACUUGAUCAUCCAGGAACUAGCCACAGGAGGAGAUGUAUUUGACUGGAUUCUGGACCAAGGGAAUUACACAGAGAGAGACGCUUCCAAUGUCAUCAGGCAGGUCCUCGAGGCUGUGGCAUACUUACACUCCCUCAACAUAGUUCACAGGAACCUCAAGCUGGAAAACCUGAUGUACUACACAGAAAACAACCACAACAAAGUAGUUCUGCGAGAUUUCUACCUCUCCCGGUUUGAAAACGGAUCUCUCACAGAGCCUUGUGGAACACCAGAAUACUUAGCUCCUGAAGUGGUGGCUCGUCAUCGUUAUGGUCGUCCUGUGGACUGCUGGGCUGUGGGUGUCAUUAUGUUCAUACUGUUGUCAGGUAACCCUCCUUUUUAUGAUGAUACAGAGGAGGAGAACACAGAUCUACAUAAUCGCAUCAUCUUCUGUCGCAUUGUUGGCGGUGAAUUUGAGUUUGAUUCUCCACACUGGGAUGACAUUUCACCUACAGCUAAGGAACUUGUCUGUCGACUCAUGGAAGUGGAUCAAAUGCUGAGAAUCACCGCGCAGGAUGCACUUUGGCAUGAAUGGAUUGCAGGGAAUGGUGCAUCAGAGAAGAACCUAAAGGAUGGUGUGUGUGCCCAGUUUGAGAAGAACUUUGCAAAGGCCAAAUGGCGGAAAGCGAUCCGUGUCACCACCUUCAUGCAGCGAUUAAAGCAUUCAGAAGCAGUGAAUGACAGUUCAGCCGAGGCUCAGGGCAGUGAGGAGACAGGAGAUGGGGAAGGCGGUGUGUCCCAGGGAACAAGUGAUGAGGGAGACAAAGGGACAAGUGAUGGCGGGGUUACUUUAAGUAGCGUGUCUUUAGAAGUUACUGUUGAAAAUACACCAGUGGGUAUGGAUCAGGAUGAGGGGAGGAGUAAGGUUAUAGAAAAACAAGGUGAGGUGAAGAUGAGUAGAGGCCAAUCGGUAGGAACUUCCCCAUCAGAUAUUCUUGAGCCUUCUUAUCAACAAAGCCAAACAAAUGCCGCCCCAAAGCUCGCACAGGAGGAGCCUGAUAAGGCCGGUGCAAAAAAAACAGCAAGUGAUGGUACCAGGAAAAUUGCUGCUAAUUUGGGUCAGAAUAAAAUUGUUCCAGAAUCCAAACCGACCCCUGUGAUGACAGCUGAUCCCUCCAAGGUGUCAGACUGUUCAUCAAGCAUCAUAAAUGACAAAAAACACACAUCCACCUCCCCUGAUCCCAGUAGCAAACGUAAGAUGGCUGCAACGCUCCAUGGCCUUCCACCCACAACCCCUACAGCUGGAACCGGCUCAACAGAGAAGAGGCCAGCCACACAGAGGGAGCCGAAGGAUGUGACUGAUGGAAGCUGGUGUCAGACACAAGUACCUGAGGCAGUGGCAGAGCGAUCAGUGGCAGUCACUCCAGCAAUGGGGCCUGGAACUGGGGUGGAUGUAGUACCAGAAGUUAGAUUAAGGGGUGAUGCUAGCCCAGUGGGUGGAAGGGACAGGGAUGCCAGGACAACAGACAGAUACAGCGCUGAGUUUAGCAUAGCAAGGACAGGUCCUGCAACAGGACAGGGUUGUUAUGCCGUAGGCAGCUCCGCUAGUUUGGGCCGUCAUGACACACCUUACAAUCCAGACAUUGCUACUGUAGGGAUGGGGAUGGCAGGUUGCUAUGGGAGUCCAUAUAGUUCCCUGUAUACAAGCGCAGGAGGGGUAGGGAUGUAUGGGACUGGGCUACCACAUGGGGGAGGCGGGAGCAGCGCCACAAGCGACUGGGAAAUGGACAGUGUGAUCGAGCAGAUAGAAAAGCAAAUGGCCGCAGUGCUGGAGAAGAUUGAGGGAGACAUGCCCUCGCUGCUUGAACAAAUCAGUGACUGUCCUGCUGAACCACCACGUGCCAGGAGCACACACGCCUCGCCUGCCACCUCCCGUGCACGCUCCUCACAGCACUCCACGACUGCAACCACAGCCACUCCUCCGACUCUUCCAACUUCUCCCAGGCCUGUGCUGCCAUCUAUCCCUCGCCUUACUAUCCCUCCACCCUCCUAUCCCCCACCCGCCCCACCCACACAAUCCUCACACCAUGCGACAGGAGAGCAGGAAGAAACAGAUGGACAUAGGGAUGCUUGUUCCAGCCAGUUCCCCAGAGCUGGGAUGGGUAGGGGGCUAUGAAGCAGGUGGCCAUGAUACAAUACACAACACCUAGAACAUUGGAUAGUUCAAUUGUGAGGUUUUAAAAGGUCUCUCCCAGAGGUAUCAUCCACUUAGUCCACAGAAGAAAAGUAACCAUGCAAUGUUGUUCGGUUUGGCUGUGUGUUCAUAUUAAGAAUACUGGUUGUGAGAAAACUCCUGAAGGCAUUCCAAUACUCUCAUGACUAGAGUAUCAAAGGGUACUGGAUCUUUCUUUUGAACAGCUGCAAGGAGAAAGAGAGUUUGCAUCUCAAAUCCAGAUUGUGCACAUGAAUGCUUACAACACAACCUCCUCAUGCUGGAGACCAACCAAGCAGGUAGCAAAUUAUGGAUCGAUAAACAAGUAAAGAAGAGUAAAAUUCUGAACUAAUAGAGUGAGUUACAGCAAGGAUGUGAUUUGCAUUAUUCCCUGUUAAUACAUACAAAGAACAGGGUUCCUAACUCUUGUUCUACUACCGUGUUGUAAACUUCCUCAUAUCCAAACUGACAAUUACCUUUUUCAAAUCGGAUCAUCCCAUUUUGUUAUUUUAUUGUUCCUUUUUCUAUGUAGCUAUUCAUUCUUUCGUGAGGCUGCAAAAUCGUAAGCUUGCAGACACAUAGUUGUACAGACAUUUGUGAAACUGAAUUAAUUAAGCCUUACCACUGGCUGCUGGAGAUAGGGAUUUGUUUAGCGUUAACUGUAUACUGUAUUUCAACUGUCACUCAAAGUCUUGUGCGCUGCUCCACAACUGUUGAGGAAGAUGUUAAGACACAAGUUCUUGUGUAAAGGCUUUGCAAUAAAACAAAUACACAUCCAAACAUUUUAAAAGUUCUCCAAGUUUUGCCCAUUUGUAUCCAGUUUUGUCGACAUAUUCAUUUGGUAUGCGUACUGCCACUUGGACUGGUACUGUCUAUCUUUGCUUCUUUUUAUCAUGUAAAAAAUAUUUCUUAAAUUCAUUCUGCUAUUGGAUCUAUGUAAUAUCAAGUUAUGUGCUUUUCUCCUGAACACGUCUAGACUUCCACCAUUCCGUCCCUCUGUAAACUGUGCUUUGUUUGCAAGUCUUUCAAUAAAAGUUGAACAA